AUGGAACCAGGACUAAACUCUCUACUACAAUGGAGUAUCGAGAACUCCGAGACUGGUCGAAACCCCGAUCAGCCCGUCAGGGAACCCAGAGGCCUGUCGGCUGAUGUGCUGCGCUCACUGAUGGGCGGUCCGAGCGACGCCGACUUGAUGCGAGAAGCCAUGGCCAUCAUCGGAUCCUCCGACCCGGAAGUCACCCACGACGCCAAAAUGACCGCCUUCGACAACCUCGAACAACUGGUCGAAAGCAUAGACAACGCCAACAACAUGGAGCCACUGGGACUUUGGUCGCCGCUGCUGGCGCAACUUGAGAGCCAUUCGGCAGACUUGAGACGCAUGGCGGCCUGGUGCAUCGGCACGGCAGUCCAGAACAACGUCAAAGCCCAGGAGCGACUCUUAGCCCUCAACGGCAUUGAGCGGCUUGUCCAGGUUUCCCUCGAUGACGCGGACAAGGCCGUGCGAAGAAAAGCCGUCUACGCCCUGAGUUCGGGCAUCCGGAAUUACCAGCCUGCCAUGAACGAGGCGGUAAAGCGGUUGCCAAAGGAUAUCGUCGGUCCUGAUCAGGUCUCUGCGGCAGAUAUGGACGUGAUUGAUGCCAUUAUGGGCAAGCUCAGAGAAAGGGAGUGA